AUGUUCACUUUCACCUCUGAAAACAACAAUAAUAACAAAAACCUUCAUGAUGUUAUUUUCUCUCCAUAUUUGAAUACCAAUGAAGGGGACUUUAUUGGAAAAAUGGGUGAAUCAAGCCAAAUAAUUAACCCCUUUAUUAGCAACAGAAACUCUCCUCUUCAUCAAGUGGAAAAGACAGAACAAAGUGGAGAAAUUGGAGUAUUUGGAGCUGAAAAAUACUUCAACAGAAAAGUAUUUGAAACUCCAAAAGCUUCUGCAAAGUACCUUCCUCAAAAGCAUGAAACAAUGGCUACUAAAACUAGAAAGUACCAAGUUGAGUAUGGAACUUCGAGUAUUAGUUCUGCAUCAACAAUGAAUAGCCAAAAUGCACUCUUAAAGAGAGAUUCUGUAAGGAAUAGCAAUGAUAAGGUGCAUUCUAAGAGUGUUCUAUCAAGACUUGGUCUCAAAUGCUAUUGUUCUGAUAAGAAUUCUGUUGAUAUCAGUGAUCAUGCAGGUGAAAUCAGUUUUAAUAACAAAGCUUCUAACUAUGGUGCAGUUCAUGGAAAAAAAACACCGAAAAAAGUAUUCGAUCUCGACGAUGAUCUUUCAAUUAAAAUGAAAAAGCCUAAUUCAGAACUUUUCAUCAAUAAAGAUGUUUUAUUUCAAAAGCAAGAGAGUUUAAGUGUAAGAUUAAACAGUGAAAAGAAUAGUCUGGCUUCUAACUCAAGAAAUCAUCUUGUCAAAAUGCAAAUUCCAUUAGAUGAAGAAAAGACACCAAGAAAAUCACUUGAAGUAUUUGGAUCACCAAAUCCAAUAUCAACCAAUAACAAGAGAAGUUCCUUAAGCAUUGAUAGAAGGUUUAUACCUCCUUCCAAAAUGGAAGAAAUUGUUGAUGCAAACUAUGACGAUGAUGAUGUCGGAAGUGAUGCAAGUUCUGAUUUGUUUGAGAUCGAGAGUCUCAAAGGAAAAGCCUUUCUCACUAGACAGACAUCAGAUGCUGCUUCAAGUUGCGUUAGCCCGACUUGUUACGCGCCGAGUGAGGCGAGCAUAGAAUGGAGUGUAGUUACAGCCAGUGCUGCAGUAAUGUCAGAUUGUGAAGAUCAAAUGUCUGAGUUUACAGUAAGGAGUCCAUUAAAGAUCACUAGGGAGGUACCGAGACGGCGUCCAGGUAUCUUGUUGGGAUGCAAGAGCCACAAAGCAGUCAGAGUUGCUGGUGAUGCCUUCAUAACAUAUGGGAAACAAAGUUCAAGUCCAAAUAUUAGUAACAGAAACAAAAACAAUACUAGUCCUCAGGUUGCUAGGUUUCCAGGAGAGACAAAGUCUUAUGCAAAAACAAGGCAUGGUUAUAUUAUAGCAGCACCACUGCAGGCCUCUAACUCACCACAUGCUUCAAAAUUGCUAUACAAUUAG